GUACACUCUGUGAAACAAUAAUACCACUCACAUUACGAGAAGACCUUGAAUUACACCCUUACCCGCCUCCGGCAUCAUGGCAUCUUUCGACUUACAUGCUCGGCUCCGCGCCGCCCUCCCAGACGGGGACAAGGCCCCCACUCUCCCCUCCUCGAUGGCCCUCGCCAACGCGUCAGCUUCACUUCCACGGCCCACCAAGGAAGGCUACCUUUCACCGCUGGGAACCGAGGCCACGCUCACCCACAUCCUCGACGAGGUCGUCCCAGGCCUCAACGGGCAGGCGCGGAGCGGGCGAUACUACGGCUUCGUCACGGGCGGGUCGCUGCCCGUAGCCGAGGCGGCGGACAACAUCGUCUCGGCGCUGGACCAGAACGUGCAGGUGCAUCUACCCUCGCAGACGGUGGCGACGGAGUUGGAGAGUGUCGCUCUCAAGAUGCUUGCUGAUGUGCUGGGUCUCGAGGAGGGCGUGGGCGAGGCGGAUGUCUGGGAGGGGAGGACUUUCACGACGGGGGCGACGGCAAGCAACAUUCUUGGUCUGGCCUGCGGAAGAGAGGCCGUCAUCGAGAGACGAGGCGGCAGAGUCAGCGAGGCAGGCAUCCUGGGCGCGUGUCUGGCGGCGGGUGUGAAGGAGAUUCAGGUCCUGACGAGCAUGGGACACAGUUCGCUUUUCAAGGCGGCGAGCGUCGUCGGGCUAGGAAGAGCCAGUGUGAAAGAGGUGCCUGCAAGCACGGACGAGCCGUGGAGGUUGGAUCUGGAUGCCUUGGAGAGGGCCUUGAGCAGAGAGGGCGUGGUGAGUAUCAUUGCCGUGAGUGCUGGGGAGGUGAAUACGGGCAGGUUCGCGACAGGUGGGUUCGCGGAAAUGAGAAGGCUGAGAGACUUGGCUGAUAAGUUUGGGGCGUGGAUUCAUGUCGAUGGAGCUUUUGGUAUCUUUGCGAGGGCACUGGAGUCGACGCCCGAGUUUGAGAAGAUUAGGGGCUUGGCAUCGGGUUUGGAGUUUGCGGACAGCAUUACUGUCGACGGCCAUAAGCUUCUGAAUGUGCCCUACGACUGCGGCAUGUUCUUCACGCGCUCCCUCGCAAUCCUCACGUCUGUCUUCACAAACCCCAACGCAGCUUACCUCUCAUCCGGCCCUUCAUCCAUUCCUUCCCCGCUCAACAUUGGGCUCGAGAACUCGCGCCGCUUCCGGGCCCUUCCAGCCUAUGCGGUGCUCCGAUCCGAAGGGCGGGCUGGCAUCGCCGCAAUUCUGGGGAGAAUGGUCCUUCUCGCGCGCCGGGUGGCUCGGUGGAUUCGCGAAUCGGAGGCGUAUGAGCUGCUCCCCGAGGGGGCCUGGGACUUGGAGGAGACACACAUGGUCGUCCUCUUCCGGGCGCGUGAUGAAGCGGCCAACGAGGAGUUGGUGGGACGAAUCAACGCCACACGAGAGAUGUACGUCAGCGGAACGAGCUGGAAGGGGAGGAAUGCCGUGAGGAUUGCAGCGGGGAGCUGGAGGGUUGACGUCGAGAGAGACUUUAACGUCGUGACGCGGGUGUUGGGGGAGAUGGUCAGGGGAUAAGGUGGUGAAGAGGGUGGAGGGGGGACUUGGGCCUGGAGGCCAUGGCAAUGGUAUACCUAGGUGGUACCUAGGUCUGACGAGCUGUAGGCGAUGUGGUAGAUACCCGAGGGAGGUGCCCCCACUAUAUGCCCUCUCUCGCUCUUUCCACCUCAACCACAUCUCAUCCCACGCCUCUAACCCCCCCUCCAACCGACCCUCACGUGUUGUACCUUACUCGUGUUCCUAUCACAGGAGACCAAAGAGACACCCUCUCUAUUCGGUCCCAAUUCCUUCGUAAUGAUAUCGCUAACAUAGGGGCGGACCACUGAGCGUGGUGGUUGCGAUCGAACCAUGCGAUGAGAUGUAGCUUCCGCCGAGGGAGUGGACUCUUCUGACUUUUGGGCGAUACUACCAUUUAUUUAAUAAGUAUUUCCCUCUUUGUCUUCCCUUAGGCCAGUCUCUGUACCUGACCAAGGGCAUUUAUUACAAAUGUCCUACG